AUGGAAACACUGGAACCAUCUCGAGUAACCAAGGAAAGCACAGUCAGGCUCCUCAAGGAAGAAAUACCCAGAAGGCCUUCUUCAAAGCCUGACACCACCACCCUGGAGGCACAAAACCAGCAGAUAUCUUCACAAAUCAGACAACUCAAGAAGAACCAGACAUAUUUGCAAAAAUUAAUAAAAGGUAAAGAUGUCUUCAUGAGUGCCAAAAAUAGGCAAUUAUGUUCUCUGAACAAACAACUUGAGGAGAAAGAGAGAGAGAAUAACAUUUGGAAGAAAAUCAUGAGGAAACUCUGUCACUCCUCCACUGAGAACAUCACCCUGGAGACAGAGGAGGACCAAAAGUCUGCAGAACUCAGAAAACUGAAGAAGCAGCAACAUGCACUAGAGAAGGUAAUGAAAGCCAAAGGGCUUGUUGUGAAAGCCAAAACUCACCAGGUACACACACUGGAAGACACCCUUCUCAAGAAAGAGGAGGAGAACAGCAUUUUAAAGCAAUCCAUGAGAAAAUUAGAAGAAGCAGUGUCCACACUGCUGAUGGAUAUUGCCAAACUGCAACAAGAACAGGAGAAAAGCCAUGAAACGGCUCAAGAAAAGAAGAAAGCAUUCGAAGACACCAAGACAAAGAUGCCCUCAUCCUUCCCAGAGAAGGAGGGGGCUGCCUGUGAACUGGGAAAGGAGCUCCACACUGGGGCACAACUACUGCAACAAAAAGAAGACACAUCCCAGCAGCUCUUGAGUGCCACAGAGUCCAUGCUGAAGAAGAGCCCAGAGUUCAACCAGGAGAGAGAGGAAAUGCUACUGGCCAUGCAACAGGAUCACCUGAAGGCAGUGGCCCUGCAGAGUGCCACUUCACAAGAAGAAUUAAGCCAGGAGCCUAAGAGGGACCACGAGCAUCUUGCACAGUCCCACGAGUCUCACGUGCCUGAAGCCCUGCAGGAGGAAGAUGGACUGGUUGCCAUUCAGUCAGGAGUGGGAGCAGACAGCAGCUCCCUGAGAGCCCUGAGCAGCGUCCCCAGUGCUGCUGGCCCUGUGAUCGAGUCACCCUGUGGGGAAGCACAGAUGCCACUGCCUACACUGGCCACCUGCACUGCCAGCCUGAGUGGCCAGGCUGAGGCCAAGGUGGAGUCCAAGCAGCUGCCUGCUGAUCCCAGUCCCUCCACCACGGGUCACAAGAAACUGCUUGCGACCAAGGUUCUGGGAACUGUGGUAUGGUUUAAUGUCAAGGCCAGGUAUGGCUUCAUCAGGCGCCAUGAUAUCCAACAAGACAUCUUUGUUCAUCACACCGCUAUUAAAAGUUACACUGGCAGGUAUUACCUGCCGAGCCUAGCAGACGGUGAGAUCGUGGAGUUUGAUGUGGAGGAGGGCCAGAAGGGUGUACAGGCGGCCAACGUAACAGGCCCCAGUGGAGCUGCAGUGAGGGGCAGCAGAUACGUGGCCCAGUGGUGCCAUUCCCGCUGCUUGGCACAAUGUAGGGCUCCUCAGCGCCAAACCAUGCAAAGCCAUAUUGAGAUCUCUGGCAGCAUGUAUGACAACCAGGCCCAUCCUCGCUGGCCCCAACGCUGCCCAAGGCUCCUGCCCUGCUACCAGCCAAGACUCUGCUGGCAGGAUUCCAACAAACCACUGUUGGGUGAAAGGAUGGAAGUUGCCCAUGGCCCAGCUGCAGAAAACCAUCAAGUGCACAGCCAAGAUCAGGGUGAAAACAUCCAAGGCCAGCAGCCUCCUCUCUGGUGUUCCCCAUGCAGCCGGCCACACAGCCUUAGACACUAAAUGGCACAGAGGCCAGGGCCACCCAGGGUGCUGUUGACAAUACACCUGCUCCCAAAGCACUGUAGGGAAGCCUGGCUAACUCAGCACCACUGUCCCCUUGACUCACCAAACAACCCAGCACUCUGAAAGUCAACUCAGAGAACAAAAGUUUUGAGAUGGAGAUCUUCAGCACUUAUUUGAUUGUUUUGUCACUUGACAAGCCUGAUAGAAUUGUCUACAUUUGUGUCAGCUGAGUUUUAUAUAAGGCUUUCUGUUUUUUGCUCAUUGAAAUUU